UUAGCAUUAGCAUCAGCCGCGCAGUGAGCUGAUCCAGCGGGAGACCGGAGAGGAACCUUCAGACCCCUGCUCCCUGCUCCCUGCUCCCUGCUCCCUAACCCUCUGGAGGAAUCUGCGGAUUCAAGUUCACACGUCACUGCUGCCGUGUGAUGUAGGAGUGAUGUCCCUGCAGGCGGUGCUGCAGCAGAGGAUCAGCUCCGCCCAGGCGUUGCUCCAGAGGGCGGAGCCUCUGUGCAAUGGCGUGGAGGGUCACCAGAAGCUGUGCGGUAAGCUGCGGGCGGAGCUGCGUUUCCUGCGUCGGGUCGAAGCCGGAGAGCUGCAGGUCAAAGAGUCUCACUUGCACAGCACCAACCUGACUCACCUGACGGCCAUCGUGGAGUCGGUGGAGAGUCUGGAAGACGUGGUCGCUCUGCUGCACGUCUUCACCUACCAGGACGCCGCCGGCAGCAGGCGGACGCUGGUGGUGGACGUGGUGGCUAACGGGGGACUCACCUGGGUGAAGGCCGUGGGCAGGAAGGCGGAGGCUCUGCACAACAUCUGGCAGGGGCGGGGCCAGUACGGAGACAAGAGCAUCGUCGGGCAGGCCGAGGACUUCCUGUGGGCCAGCCGCCAGCAGCCCGUCCAGUACCGGCACCCCCACGUCGUCUUCGCCUUUUACAACGGCGUCUCCUGCCCCAUGGCCCACCGCCUCAAGGACAUGGGCGUCGCUGUCCGCGGGGACAUCGUUGCCGUCAGCGCCGUGAUGACCGAGGAGGAGGAGCAGGAGGAGGAGCAGCAGGAGGAGCAGGAGCAGCAGGAGGAGCAGCAGCAGCAGCAGCAGCAGCAGCAGGAGGAGGAGGAGGAGGAGCAGCAGCAGCAGGAGGAGCAGGAGCAGCAGGAUGAGGAGUCGGAACUGACCCGGGUCGACCGCGGCACAGUGGUGGCCAGCCUGGCGUUUCCCGCUCAGGUGAAGGUAGAGGAGUGUCGGCGGGUCAACCUGGACAUCACCACGCUCAUCACGUACGUGUCAUCGCUGAGUCAUGGCCGCUGUCACUUCACCUUCAGGGAGCCGGUGCUGACGGAGCAGGCGGCCCAGGAGCGCUUCCAGCACGUGCUGCCGCAGCUCGACGCCUUCAUGCAGGGGAAGGAGCUGUUCGCCUGCCGUGCCGCCGUCCGCGACUUCCAGCUGAUUCUGGAUACGCUGGGGGGGGCGGGCGAGAAGGAGCGCGCUCAGACGCUGCUCGCUCGACUCCAGGUGGUGGACGACCAGCCGUCGGAGCGCACGCUGCGCCUCGCGCCCAGCGCCAAGGUCAACAGCCGCUCGCUCAUGAUCUUCGGCACCGGAGACUCGCUGAGAGCCGUCACCAUGACGGCAAACAGCCGGUUCGUCAGGGCGGCGGCCAAUCAGGGUGUCCGGUACAGCGUGUUUAUCCACCAACCGAGAGCUCUGACCGAGGGCAAAGAGUGGAGGGCCGCGCCCGUCUGAGGCUUCCGGUGCCGGGGCUGAUGGGAGUUUGAGUCUGUCAUAAUGAUGUAAAUAAAUCUGAUCAGCUGAC